CUUGCCUCCUCCUCUCAUCUCAUCCCCCAAAAGUACGACUCGACAUGUCAGGAUUCGUAAGUACUCUAUGAGGACUUGGAACUAUGCGUUCUGAUGUGCUUGCAGUUCUCAGGGUGGUGGGGCUCGUCCUCGCCGUCUCCCGCUCCUGAACCCGCCAAGUACGACCCGACGGACCCGACACAGAACCCUCUCAACCCGCAGGGUCUUAAGCCAUGUUGCGCAUGCCCGCAGACAAAGUCCGUCCGCGAUGACUGCUUCCUGAAAUUCGACUCUUCAGUGGCAGACGAGAAGUGCAAGGAGCUCGUGCAGGCGCACAUAGCUUGCAUGCGGGGUUACGGGUUCAAGGUGUAAGAUGCGCACGAAGACCCACCCGUCGUCAGGAGGACACACAACGCUGCACUAAUCCGUACAUUUGCUAAGUUAUACCCAUCACUACUCAGAUAGAUACAUCCUGGGGUUGCACGUCACAUACGGU